AUGUCCGAACGCCACCAUGAUCCCCUUCUCUACUCCUCGCCUGUCAAUGCGACCACGCUCCGACAAGAAGUUGUCGACACUAUUUUCCGUGUGCGCAGACUCCGCAUAAUUGUCAUCAUCCCUGCACAACCUCGCCGCCCCGGAAGUCCUCUAGCCUUGGCGUUCAUCUUCAUCAGACCCUUCCUCACCGACUGGGACAGCCAUAACAUACAGUGGGGCCUUUCCGUGGAGGCACGUCCAGGCCAACGACAGACCUUCAUCGAGAUAGAUAUCACCACUUAUCCAAAUGGUUCUGCCCAGGAGCGAGAGCAGAACUUCGCGUUUCCUGUUUAUGUAAUCAACUCGGAUCCUGGUGGGAGAAAUUGGGAGUUCUAUAGAUAUACUACUAGAACUACUAAUCACCAUCGGGGACUGAUUGAGGAGCUUGCAGGGUUGUCCUUGAUGUGA